AUGUCGAAGAAAAGGGGGCUUUCGUUGGAGGAGAAGCGUGAGAAGAUGCUUCAGAUAUUUUACGAGUCUCAAGAUUUCUUCCUGCUGAAGGAACUCGAGAAGAUGGGGCCUAAGAGAGGUGUGAUUAGUCAGUCGGUGAAAGAUGUGAUCCAGAGCUUAGUCGAUGAUGAUCUUGUCGCCAAGGACAAGAUUGGAAUUUCUAUCUACUUUUGGAGCCUUCCUAGCUGUGCUGGCAAUCAACUUAGGAGUAUUCGCCAGAAACUUGAGUCUGAUGUUCAGGGGAGUAACAAAAAGCUAGCAGAACUUGGUGAUCAGUGUGAUGCUCUAAAGAAGGGAAGGGAAGAAUCAGAGGAACGAACAGAGGCAUUGGCGCAACUUAAAGAGAUUGAAAAGAAACACAAAGAGCUGAAGAAUGAGAUGGUACAAUUCGCUGACAAUGAUCCAGCUACGUUAGAGGCAAUGAGGGAUGCAAUUAAAGUUGCUCACCAGUCGGCUAACAGAUGGACAGAUAACAUCUUCACAUUGCGAAAAUGGUGCUCAAACAACUUCCCCCAGGCCAAGGAACAGCUCGAGCAUCUAUACACAGAGGCGGGAAUCACAGAUGACUUUGAUUACCUAGAGCUACCUUCAUUCCCUUUGAGCUCAUCCCAUGAUCCGGAGACUCCAAAGCAGCUGCUAGUAGAACAAGAAGAAGCUUAGUUGUCUGUUUUUCUUGACGAUGAUGAUGAACUAAGCGCUUUCCAAAAGGAGAAGAACAUGGAAGCUCACUCUGUUUUUCUCAUCCUUUUUUGCGUCAUUGCCACUGCCAUUGUCGUUCAUGGCCAAGGCCAAGCAGGCUUCAUCAGCAUAGAUUGUGGGUCACCACCUAAUAUAAACUAUGUAGACACUGAUACUGGCAUCAGUUACACCUGGGACACACCUUUCAUUAACACCGGAGUAAACGUCAACGUCUCCGAAGAACACGGUUACCCGGCAAACCCGGUUUUGCCGUUCCCGCUUGCCGACGUCAGAUCAUUCCCACAAGGCAAAAGAAACUGUUACACCUUAACCCCUUCAGAUGGCAAAGGCAACCUUUACCUCAUCAGAGCUACUUUCAUGUACGGAAACUACGACGGUAAAAAAGCUCUCCCUGAGUUUGAUCUCUACGUAGACGUGAACUUCUGGACCUCCGUGACAUUCAGAAACGCCUCUGAGAACGUCAUCAAGGAGAUCCUCAGCUUCGCGGAGUCGGAGACAGUACACGUUUGCCUUGUGAACAAAGGUAAAGGAACUCCUUUUAUCUCAGCCUUGGAGCUCCGUCCGAUGAACAGCUCAAUCUACGGCACCGAAUUCGGAAGAAACGUCUCGUUGGUGCUUCAUCAGAGAUGGGACACAGGUUACUUAAACGGAACAGGACGGUACCAAAACGAUGUGUACGAUCGUAUUUGGUCUCCUUACGCUCCAGCUUCUUGGAACUCGACAAAGACAACUGGUUAUUUGGAUAUUUUUCAGAGCGGUUAUAAGCCUCCUGAUGAAGUUAUUAAGACUGCUGCUUCGCCUAAAAGCGGUGACGAACCGUUGGAAAUCUUCUGGACGUCGGAGGAUCCGAACACUCGGUUCUAUGCUUAUCUUUACUUUGCGGAACUUGGUCAUCUCAAGAGGAAUGAGAGCAGGACGAUCAAGAUAUUCUGGAAUGGUUCCCCUGUUUCAGGAUCUUUCAACCCUUCUUCAGAGUAUUCGAUGACUUUGUCUAACUCUCGAGCUUUCACCGGUAAAGAUCACUGGAUUUCUGUUCAGAAGACGGCAGAUUCAACACUUCCACCGAUACUUAACGCUAUUGAGAUCUUUUCAGCGCAAUCUCUUGAUGAGUUUCCAACCAGAGUUGAAGACGUUGGCGCCAUAGAAAGCAUAAAAGCAAGUUAUAAAGUGAAUAAGGUUUGGAGUGGUGAUCCUUGCGCUCCAAGACUGUUCCCUUGGGAAGGUGUUGGAUGCAGCUACAACAAUUCUAGCCAUCAAAUCAAGUCACUGAAUCUUAGCUCAAGCGGAUUGCAUGGACCAAUAGCCUUUGCAUUUAGAAAUCUCUCUCAGAUCGAGUCAUUGGAUUUAUCAAACAACACCCUAAAAGGAGUUGUGCCGGAGUUUUUGGCUGAUCUAAAGAAUUUGAAGUUCCUGAAUCUGAGAGGAAAUAACUUGACUGGGUUUGUUCCAAGAUCUCUUAGAAAGAGAACAAUGGCUGGUGGACUUGCACUCAGUGUGGAUGAACAUAACAUUUGCCACUCACGUUCGUGUCGGGACGGGAACAAAAUCGUCGUGCCAGUAGUCGUAUCCACAUUAGUGAUCGUUCUCAUUAUCGCCUUGGUUAUCAUAUUCAUCAUGCGAAGGGAAAGAAAAAUAGGAGCCUAUUCAGGACCGCUUCUGCCUUCAGGGAAGAGAAGGUUCACUUAUAGUGAAGUCUCUAGCAUUACAAACAACUUCAAUAAAGUGAUUGGUAAAGGAGGCUUUGGUAUUGUGUACCUUGGUUCUCUCGAAGAUGGGACUGAGAUUGCUGUAAAGAUGAUCAACGAUUCUUCAUUUGGGAAAUCGAAAGGAUCAUCGUCAUCAUCAUCCCAGGUUUCCAAAGAAUUCCAAGUCGAGGCAGAGCUUCUUCUGACGGUCCAUCACAGGAACUUGGCCUCGUUUGUUGGAUACUGCGAUGAUGGUCGCAGUAUGGCUCUCAUCUAUGAGUACAUGGCCAAUGGAAACUUGCAAGAUUAUCUUUCAAGUGAGAAUGCAGAGGAUCUUAGCUGGGAGAAGAGACUCCAUAUAGCCAUAGACUCUGCACAAGGGUUGGAGUAUUUGCACCAUGGAUGUAGGCCACCAAUUGUACACAGAGACGUCAAAACAGCAAACAUUCUGUUGAACGAUAACUUGGAAGCCAAGAUUGCUGAUUUUGGUCUUUCUAAGGUCUUCCCUGAGGACGAUCUCAGCCACGUUGUCACUGCCGUCAUGGGCACUCCCGGCUACGUCGAUCCUGAGUACUACAACACGUUUAAGCUAAACGAGAAGAGCGACGUGUACAGUUUCGGGAUCGUUCUCUUAGAAAUCAUAACCGGCAAGAGAUCCAUAAUGAAAACCGAAGACGGAGACAAAAUGAACGUUGUCCACUACGUCGAGCCUUUCCUCGAAACCGGAGACAUAGACGGCGUUGUGGACUCACGGCUUCACGGAGACUUCUCCUCAAACUCAGCCUGGAAAUUCGUGGAGGUUGCGAUGUCUUGCGUCAGAGACAGAGGAACCAACAGACCAACAACGAACCAGAUCGUGUCUGAUCUGAAACAGUGCUUAGCCGCAGAGCUUGCUCGUGAGCCAAAGAGCCAUCAUGAGAAGAAGGAAGUAGUGAAAGAGAAGCAGAUCACGAAGCCGCCGGUUCGCAACUAUAGCAGUAUGGAAUAUAAUAGCACGUCGGGUUCGGUUUCGCUUACAUUUGGAGAUUACAACACGUUUGGACCAACGGCAAGGUAG